CACUUGAGUUAAAAAUUUAAGAAAAAAAUGGCAAAAGCUGUUGGAGCGGCGGCAAAACGACUUCAGCAAGAAAUAGCAGACUUGCGAAAACAAAAAACAGCUGGUUUUGUUGUUGAUGUUGACGAAAGCAACAUCUUCAAAUGGCAUGUGCGAAUCUUUGGACCCCCUGAAACGUUAUACGAGGGAGGCUAUUUCAAAGGUGUGAUGGAGUUCCCCCCUGACUAUCCUUUUUCGCCGCCUAAGUUUAAAUUUCUGACAAAGAUGUGGCAUCCCAAUAUUUACCACGAUUCUGGAGAAGUAUGUAUAUCGAUUUUACACUCACCAGUGCCAGACCAACAAAGUGGAGAAAAGGCAGAAGAAAGAUGGAGACCCACCCAAGAAGCCAGAACAAUAGUUCUCAGCGUUAUAUCUCUGUUUUCAUGUCCCAACACAUUUUCACCUGCAAAUGUAGAUGCAUCGGUAAUGUACCGGAAAUGGGCAAAUAAAGAGGACGAUAGAUACGUCAAAAUUAUUCGCAAGCAGGUCGAAAGCACAAAGAGAGACGCAGAACUAGACAAUGUGAAAAUUCCAUCGACUGUUGAAGAGUACUUGCAGGAAGAGCGAAGCACAAUUGUAAAAGAAGAGGAGUUAGAUUUCGACUUCGACGGAGGUUUAAGCGAUGAUUACGAUGAUGACGAUGAUAACUACAGUGGUUAUUCAGGAUCUGGAGCCUACAGCGACCAUUCUGAGGGCUCGAAUCCAGCCGGAAUGGACAUGGGAGAUUCCGGUAACGAGGAAGAGUCAAUUUCAGGAACACCCACCACUAAACCAGAAGCAAGAUUUCCGGCCUCGUUGACCCCCUCAACCAGUAGUGCUUUCCCUCCCUCUUCGCAAGUACCGAGCACCUCGAAAGGAAGCACCGAUUACUUCUAGCAAAAACUAUUAUUGACUCCCCUCUAUCUAACCCAACAGCAGUGCUUCACUUGACCUGUGCUUAUAUGUUUUAAGGGCACUUUUUUAAAUUCCCAAGUAGAAGAGUCAUUUGCAAUUAUGGUUUCCUAAGUGUUAAUGUAGUUAAUGGUUUCAUAAAAUUGAUCAUAAUUGUUUUGAUCACUGACUGCAGAAAGAAGAAUAAUUUUGAGUUUCUUGGGUACUUUUUUUAUUUCUUCUGGGGCCAUUAGACAGCGUUAUUAUCAUUGAGAAAAACUAGUAGUAAUGGCGAACUCAAAAAACAUGAUUUGUCCACGAACAAUUUGCCCGAAAUCCGGUUCUAGUUUACUUGUUUGGGCUCGUGACAAAACUAGUUUAGAUGAUUGGUCUCUCCUAUUUUCUAAAAAGAAGAGCCAGCACGGGAUUUGAACCUACUCCUUAGGGCUGGUUAUCCGAUUCGUAACCGCUAGACUAACUUGGCACGUUUCGGCAGCAAUACAGAGAAAUAAAAAUGCUCACUUAGAAUUAGCCACAUACUGUACCUCGGUUUUUAUUAGGGAUCACAGCCUUUUUGAGGGACCAAACAAGUAAACUAGUACCCGAAAUCCUUGAUCAUAGCCUUGUGUUAUAUGCAUCAUCCUUGGAACUCUUAUGCUGAAUUAUCUUCAACCUAAGAUCUCAAUCGAGUUUUGUUACAAUACUGCGAACAAAAUCCAAGAAAAGAUUUUUGACGAUUGAGGCUUAAGCUUGUUAAUCAAAGAAAAGAAAUUUAUAUGAGAUUCUGCGAACAUUGUAUUUAUCACAACAUAUUAUGCUCUUUUUUCAGUUAGAUCUAAUUUAGUAUAAUUUUAGCUUCUUUG